AUGGCUGCAUUUCCGCCUUUCGGUAUGAAGAAGCACGAAUUCGACGAGAGCGGAAGCGAAGAUGUGAUCCAGAGCCCUGCGGCCGUCGCAGUGUCCCAGCGUAGCGGGCCUCACCAAUUCGUAGUCAAGCUGGCAAAGGCCGACCUUGUUCCAACCCAUAAGGUCAUCGAGAGCUGCCUCACUAAACGGCUAAUGCAAAAAUUGCCGCGCGAUCUCCUCUUCGUCGGCUGUGAUGGAUGCACUUUCAAAGCUCCAUGUAUUACCGCCACUGCCUACCUCCCGAGAUUAGCCCAGCACUUGACGUGCAGAGGUGGCCCAAUUACGCAGUUGGUCUCGGCUAUCGAUCAUAUCAUCAACAAUGCUUCAUAUCGUCUUAUAGUACCGCUUGAUAAACACCAUAUCCUCUACACCACGAAUCCUCCUAAGAAUUCCGACCCCGCUAUCCCCACCGGCACCGCGGUUGCACACGUUCAUCUACUGGUUGGUAUGCUCGCGCACGAGUGGGAGAUGGAGGGUCUUUUAAUUCUUGCACAUAACGAGCUGGUGCUAGCACUCGACAAGCCUGAUCAACCCAACCUAGAUCAGUUCAUCAACAUGGUCGUUGACACCGGAGUGUUUACAGAGCCCUUCGGCGCAGGCGCUAGAGCGGAGGACCCUUGGUUCAAACAGAUCCUCAGCACUCUGGGCACUUAUGGAGCACUGAACCACGAGAUCUGGAUGACACAGGAUGAGUAAAAGUACCUCGAAUUCGUCCCGAAAGCGCCCUACUACGCUCAACAUGUCUUCAUGGCGCAGGCAGAGAUAUCUCGUGCUGUGAUGGACAAGUACGCCAUCAAUAUGAGAAAUGGGAGCGGCUAUGGAGGAGUUGCCUGGAUAGAAGCACUAACUAGCCGUCAGUAAGAUAGGAGGCGUAUCUCAAAUAUGGCUAUAGCCAUCAAUAGCCAUGAUUCAGUGUAUCAUAGAGAUCAUUUAUUC